AUGGUAUUACCCAAAGCAGGGUCACUGCAGAGACUUGCCAUUACCAGGCAGCUCUGUGUGCGAUGCAUAGUGCGGCAGAGGCGAGCAGAAUGUCUGCUCCCUCGACCGGUGACUCGCACGCCAACGCUCGGACAACGCUCGCUAUCAACCACGAGGACUCUGCGAUCGAUUGUCGCCAAUGAGGUCAAGGAUGAGAACUCUACCGAGAAGGACCCGCCAACGGCGACAGAGGUCCAGAUGGCUCGCCUGAACGCCGAGUAUGCGACGACCAACGAUAUCCGAUAUUACCUUCGCCGGUGGCAAGAAAUAGCGCCUCAGAAUCUAGAUUCAGUUCAUGAACCAGGGUCAGCCACGGCUCUCAACGCUGAGUUCGUCAUGAUGAACGGCCGUGGAGAGACUGAAAGCGUCCGGGCCAGCUCGCAAUUGACGGACCAAACCGAUCUGGACAUGUCAGAGGAAUUUGAGGGUGACCACCUGGAACCGGGUGAUAUGGUCAGCCUAAUACGGGUAGAUGGGACAUCUUCCUUGGCCAUCUAUGUGCAGUCUACCAACAGGCAGAAGCAGUUCUACACCGAACGUGGUAUGUGGCGUGCCUGCUCUGCAGGUGAAUUGGAUUAUGUCCUCAAAGGCUUUGCUCCCACUGAGCUGCUUGAGCCCAUUAAGCCCUAUUUUCCGAAUGGACUUGCUCGUGUCGAAUCUGAGCUUCAAUCCACUCCGGAGGGUGGUCUCCCGAGACCGCUUGGAGCCCCGCUGCUGGAGAUGAUGGGCAAUUUCCAAGAUCAUAUGAUGGAUUUCUGUCGGGAUAAUGCCCAGCGACUGGAUAAAAUCUACGAUAUUACCGCGGACGAGACUGAGUUUCUACGAUUGACCCUCGAAGAGUUGACCAUGAAGGUUUUGGAUGUCGAUGAGUCCGAACUGACAGCUGUGAGCCUAUAUGCUGUCCACCAAGCGGUGCGCAACCACCCAUUUCUCAUCGAAAAGGACUCGAACUCUUUGUUCAGCAGCCUGUACCUGGUGCAGCCGAAAAGAAUCGCCACCGCUGUUGAGAAAGUUACAACAUGGGUCCACGAGCACCAAAACCAUCUAGUCGAAGCCAUCAUGGUCAAGAGUACACCAAAGUUCAAUGACCAUCCGAUGCAGAUGUUCAUCCAAAAGGCACAGCGUCUCAUUCGUCUGAGCCGAAAGGUUCGCUCGCCCACUAUCAUGUCCAGCGUGGGACCUACAACUCAGCAGUUCGAGCCGGGACAGGAUGGCAAGCCCAUGUUGUAUCGUGAAGUCCUAACAGAAAAGUUCACUGAUAACGACCGGAUUAUCCUGGAGUAUUUGCAACUGUAUGCAAUCCCAUCUGUGAUCAUGCCCUCUGGCACCCUGCGAUCGGCCGCUUCGCACAUCAUGCGCGCAACGGGAAUGUACAACACUCUCGGCCUCAGUGAGGCGUCAACCCGCCUGUUCCUGCAAGAGAUCGGUGUUAUAGCCCCAUGGGAGAACCUCGGCCUCCUCGAUCAGAGCCUGCUCCUCCCUGGCCACGGCAUGUCUCUUCUCGAGGAUAUGAGAUGGGAAGAGAUUGAGGAGUCCUGCCGGAAUCUUUCUCUCACGGACUCUAUGCAAGGCCUCCGGAAAGACUGGAGUGAUUUGCCUGUGUACUGCAUAGACGAUGUCAAUGCACAAGAAAUCGACGACGGUGUCUCCCUGGAACGAAUCCCUGGCUCUGACGACACAUUCUGGAUCCGGAUCCACGUCGCCAACCCAACUGCCUUCUUGCACCAUAACGACCCUACCAUAGAGUAUGCCGGCUCUCGGUGGGCCACUACCUACGCCCCAGAGCGUACAUACCCCAUCUUCCCGACAUCCCUCACCCAGGGCAACUUCAGUCUCUCGCCUGGCCGGCCAACACUGACCUUCAGUGCGAAGAUGAAUCUGCAGGGCGAGAUUCUCGACACUGAGGUGACAAACGGAACCGUCCGAAACAUCAUCAAUGUUACCCACAGCAAGCUGCGCGACUUCUUCAUCCCGGACAAAAGGGGACCGACGGCCUCGCUGAAAGUCGGUGGAACCAUUGUCGAUCAGCCCUUGGCCGCUGACAGAGUAAUUCGCGAGACCCUCACUCCAGAAGACGAAGACACUUUCACACUUCUCCGUAAGCUGAUGCUCGGCUUCCGCACCCAGCGCCAAAAGAACGGCGCAAUGGACAUGCAACGUCUAUCGCCGAACCUCUCCGUCUCCGUCCAGAUGGGCACGGCGCCUACAAAGCCAUACGAGAUGCAGGUCACUGAGGGCAGGUAUUUUAUCGGCGACCCCAUCAUCCAACUCCGCAUGCAUGACUUCGACGCGCAGGAAGUCCCCGACGAGUCUAAAGAAAACCUCGUCUCUCUACUAAUGAACUUGGCCGGCCACAUCGCGGGCCAAUUCUGCGCUACCCGCAACAUCCCCGCUGUUUUUGACGGCACCUGGUAUGACCCGGAAUACGCACGCGUCACGCGCGACAAUAUCGCCCAGUAUGGCGGUAAAAACUUCUUACAUUUCGUUCUGCCAAAAGCUCUGUCGGCGUCUAGCCCCAUCAAACACCACUUCCUCGGCAUAAAUGCAUAUGUCAAGAGCACGAGUCCGCUUCGUCGGUUUACAGAUGUGAUUGCGCAUUACCAGAUUGAGGCUGCUCUGCGCUUUGAGCAUGAGAACGGUCGGCAGUUCAAUGCUGCUAUCGACAUGCCUGAAGAAGAAGCCGCUCUUCCCUCUGAGAGCGAACCCGUCGAGGACUCCACGGCGGAACAACCAUCCCUCCCUCUCCCCUACACUAAAGCCGACGUAGAAAACCUGAUCCACUUCGGCCAGACCUUGAAAACACGCCUUAAGGAAGUCUCCUCCUUCUCCACACAACAUUGGGCCUGCAUGCUCCUCUUCCGCGCCUUCUAUUUCGCCGAAUGCGAGCUGCCUCCCUCGUUCCGAGUCAUCCUGCGCGUCCCGCGACUCACCGGACUCGCCCACGAGGGACCGAUUUACUCGGGCGUGAUCACGAACCUGGGCGUCAAAUGUGUGGUGACCAUUCCGGAGCAUUGCCCCGGUAGAGAAGAUAUGGAUGUUUUCGGUGUUGUUGAUGCUACUAUCACGGCUGUUGAUAUGGCAAAGCUGGAGGUGAAGAUGGAGGCGACGAGGUUGGUUAGUGCCUUUCAAAGGAAGGGCGAGUGGGCUUGA